AUGCAGAAGUCACAGGCUUCCGGCUCCCGCCACGCUGCGAAAGCCGCUGCACAGACGAAGAAGGGCAGGCGGUAUGCCGCACCCAAGAAGAAGGACGCAGCACAACACGCUGCCAUACACAAGCAACUGAGCGCGAAGAUCAACAGGAGCAUCGAGCAGCAGGUCGCCUCGGCCGCCUCGUCUGGCAAGCUGACCAUCAUGAAGAACGUUGCGAUGGAGGGGUGA